AUGAGUGACAACGCAGAAUAUAAGGAGGCAUUCGCUCUCUUCGAUAAGAAAGGAACUGGCUCCGUCUCUAGAGAGACUCUCGGCGAUCUUCUACGCGCCUUAGGCCAGAACCCAACGCAAGCAGAAGUUGCGGAGAUCGUGGCCUCUGCCCCGCGCGAUGUUGACUACAAGACGUUCCUGACUAUUCUCAACCGACCCGAUGGUUUCAAGCCUGCUGGUACACCAGAGGAGUUCAUCCGUGGUUUCCAGGUGUUCGACAAGGAGGGCAACGGGUUCAUCGGCGCUGGAGAGCUAAGAUACGUGCUGACGCAGCUUGGGGAGAAGAUGUCCGAUGAGGAAGUGGAUGAGCUGCUGAAGGGUGUGCAGAUCGGGCCAGACGGAAACGUCAACUACGAGUCCUUUGUACGCACGAUCCUCAGCCAGUAG